GUUUGCCACGCCUACAAAAUGGCUUCCAAUUCAGAGCUAGUUGAAGGUGGACAGAGUAUACUGCCAGAAUUAGCAGCUAAAAGUUGGGAGAGAAGUGGCAUUCAUUACUCUACAUGCAUUGAAUUAAUCAUAAAAGAACUUUCAUCACUUAUUAUUAGAGAUGUCAUGUGUAAAAUAAGAACAAAUCAAAUUCCUAGCGAAACUGGAAUAAAGAUAUUACAUUCGAUUUCGGAACAAUCCAUAUCAUUGCUGACAAAAACAGCUGCACAGCCACUAAUAAUUGACUUGUUGCAUACGACACUAUUGCUUACUCAAGCACACAAUUCUCCAAUGAAUUCUCUCCUUUCUCUCAAUUUUUUAGAACAAUUAACAACUUUAAUAGUGAAAGACAUUCAUAGGGAGACGAGCUCUUUUAGCUUUGAUUUUAAAAUAUUACUUUGGCAGCUGCACUUUCCCGCCUAUGAAGCUACAUUGAUUGAGAUCUUGAAUAUUGCAAUAAAGGAGAAGGACAUUGAAGAUAAACUAGACCCCAUUAUAUCAGAGAUAAGAAAGGCUUGCUUCCAAUUUCAACAUUUCAAACUCUACACUGAUGACUUUUUCCAAUUUUCAAUUAGCAUAGCAAAAAAUCACCAACUCAUGGUGAAAAAACUACAACAAAGAUUAAAAUAGUUAGCAGCAAAAUGUUAAAA